AUGCAUGAUCUCAUGCAUGAUCUUGCCCAAAAAGUUGCUGGAGGUGAAUGCAAGAUUGUUAAUUUUAAAGGAGGAGAUAAUGAUAGAGGAAUUCGACAUGCGUUGUUUAUUUUGGAGAUUUUCUCUGAAGAGAAAAUGGUGUCCCUGCUCAAAACAUCCAAAUUGCGGACGUUUCUCUAUUUAGGAGGUGAAUACUCUAUCCUCAAACUCAUUAGAUGUGGGAACCUUAAAACAUUUCCAAGAGAUUUGAGGAAAUUGGUCAACCUUAGGCACCUCUCAAUUGAUGGGUGUGACUCACUGAGCCACCUACCACCCCUGAGUGAACUCCCUUCCCUAAGGACGUUGAUUCUCAAAGACUUGGAUGCGUUGGAGUUCCUUCAACAGACAAGUGACCCGGAACAAUCCAAUACUACACGCCCCUUCUUCCCAUCUCUUGAGAAAUUGUGCCUCCACUCAUGCAGCAACUUGAAAGGAUGGUGGGGAAGAAGGGAUAUGGAGCCCUCGAUGCUCGAGACUCUACUCCGAUUAGCCAGUAAUCUCGAGUCCAUGGGCCUCCACUUUUGCAACCUAAAGAGUUUUUGGGAUUUUGUGGAAUUACCCGAGUGGAUUCAACAUCUCACAACUCUGCAAUCUCUCGAGAUUUCUUACUGUGAGAUUAUGGAGAGUUUGCCGGAAUGGAUUGGAAAUUUGUCUUUGCUCGAAAAGCUUAUAUUAUAUCACUGUCCGAAAUUAGAGCGUUUGCCAUGGCAGAUGCGCAACCUCACACAGUUGAAGGAAUUGAGAAUCUUUCAUUGUCGGGCUCUGAAAGAGAGAUGUAAUGGGCAGUGUAGUUUGGAAGCAGAGUCUCCUUUUAGAUUGGUGGGUUGUCUGCUGAUGUUAAUUCCUCGAUCGGUCCAUACAGCCUUGAAGGUGGCCAAGGAGUGUCGCCAAAGAAGCAUGCCACCGACACUCUUGGGCCUCUUUUGUUUGCCAUACUCGGUGCUCGACGCUCUUCAAGUGGUCGUUUGUUAUGAGCUACGAAUGCAACAAUUAGUGAACCGUUCUUGA